AUGACGACAACAAUAAGAGCAUACAAAGGACUAGUGACAAAAAGGAAUGAUGUGGCACUGAACUGGCUGCAAGAGUCGGCUCAGCUCCUUCAAAGGAUAGAACAAGGAGGUGUAGCAGCGCAACGCGAACGAGCCAAGGAGAUUAUGAUGGACAUCACCACGUGCGAGGAGUACAUAGACCUUCUAGAAGCUUCAGUAACCAAGUUAACGAAAGCCUUCGACGGUCUACAAGACGCCACCGACGAAGAAGAAGAUCAACUAGACAAACUCGUUGUUUUCACCGACGCUAGCCAAUACGCAAUCGCAGCAUGUGCGUAUCUCACCUCGCAAGAAGAAUCCAACAUCAUUAUGGCAAAAUCCAAACUGCCCUCCAUCAAAACCUCGAUGACGAUUCCCAAGUUGGAGAUGAAUGCACUGACGCUGGGCGUAAGAAUGUCUCGCUUUAUUUGUGAAAUGUUGGAACCAUCCUGCAAAAUCAAGGAAGUGAUUCUAUACACAGACUCGGAUAUCGUGUUAGGGUGGAUAAGAACCCCUCCAUCGCGACAAAGCGCAGGCAUUCUAGUCACAAACCGAUUAUCAGAGAUUAGACGAAUCAGCAAUGAUCUCCGCAGCCAAAGCACCACGUGUCUCUUCGGACACGUCUCAACGGCAGAAAAUCCAGCCGAUUGCGGAACAAGAGGACUAUCAGCAGAAGCUUUACAGAACCAUAUCUGGUGGACAGGACCUGAAUUCACCAACAAACCGGAUCAUUCAAAGCUGAGUACGGUUGCUGAUUUCGAACAAUCGACAAUGAUGUCAGUGGAGGCAGUAACUCUAAACUCGUCAGAAGAGGUAUCUAAGGACGAAGUGGUCGACUUGAGCAGAUACAGCACCCUUGAGAAAGCUCAAAGAGUGCUAGUGUAUGCACUUCGAUUCAUAAACAGAUCCCUGAGUCAUUUUCCCCACGAAGGAAGAUUGGCAAUACAACAACACAUACCGGCUCUCAAGGAAAUUUCACCGUCACAAACCAUCACCGGGAUCGAGAUGCACGAAGGUCGAAUGUGCUUGAUUCGAGACCAUCAGAAGAACUAUGUGAAAGAGCAUCAGAUCAAGUCGCAGAAGGAACUGAAUAUCCGACAAGACGAAAAAGGAAUCCUGCGCUGUUACGGACGUCUACAACAAGCAGAUGUACCAGUAACGGCAGAAACACCAAUCUACAUUGCACCCAAAACUAUGAAUAAGCCUCAUUUGCUUAUGUCCAGUAAACACUCCCGUUCACGCAAUAGGAUGGAUGACGAUGGUACACGAAGCGUAUACUUGUUAUCAAAAAGAUACGAAGAAGAACGUCACUCUCAAACUCGUUCAAUCUACCUUACACCCACAAUGGACGAACAGGGAAGGCAGAGACGAGGACGGAAAGGAUCCGUGAGUGAGGCUAAAACACAUGACGAAGUGUGCGUACGAGAAAGAAGAGGCAAGGGAAAGGGAAGAAAAAAGAAGUCCGGACCGUCAAAACAGUCUCAUGUACGAUCUAGAGGAUCCAAAGGAUCUAUCAAAUCUAAAAAUGGGUCGUCAGGUUCUCUUGUAAACGUCAAUAAACUGCAGCGGCAACCCGCAAAACCUCGUAAAACUAGAAGCAAAGGCAAAGCGAAGGAAAAGCGCAAAUCGCCAAAUAGAGGACAGUUGCGGAAGAAGGGGUCUGUUGAAUCACGCAGUGAAGACGAUGAGCCAAAGCCCGUUAAUGUAAGAAAGCAGGGUUUGUCGGCUGAGAACUUGCAACGUGCUAUUGCGCUAGUAAAUCGACAUCAUGAAGCUGUACGUAAAAAGGAAGAAGAACGAUUGAGCAGAGAACGUUCCCUCGAAGAAGAGCGACGGCGUUUACGAGAAGAGGAAGAUGAAUUGUUCAAAGCUUAUAAGGCUGAAGGGUUGAAAUGGGGUUUCGAACUAAACCGUGAUGAUGAAUGGGUUGAAAAUGAUGAUUGUUCAGGAAAAAGGUAUCUCAAAUGGGUUAUGAGUCAUAUGAGAUCCCCUAAAACAAAUUUUUCAGGAGACCUGACAUAUUAUAUGGCUUUUGCCUUACCAGACACCUAUCCACCUGCUUCGCAUUCCUCCAUUUACAACCGUAACUUUUACUACGGACCCUUGAAGAACCCCGCAAUGUCCCUAACGUAUUCCCCGUGUUACAUCGCUUUACAUGCACUUUGA